CAUCACUAAGUCCCAGUUAUUGUUUUUUCAACACCCCAUUCAUUCUGGCCCCUAGCCAUAGAUAUCCAACCAUUUAUUUAUUUAUUAGAUCCCUCUUCCGAGUACACCAGUUAUUAUUAUUAUUUAUUACUGGUCCUCUUUGGCUCACCAAAAAUCUGAAGAACCCAUCAAGAAUCAAGAAAGAAAGAUGUUUCUUUUAGAUUGGUUUUAUGGGGUUCUUGCAUCUCUUGGUUUAUGGCAAAAGGAAGCCAAGAUUCUUUUCUUGGGUCUUGAUAAUGCUGGCAAGACAACCCUUCUCCACAUGUUAAAAGACGAGAGAUUGGUACAGCAUCAACCCACCCAGCAUCCAACAUCAGAGGAAUUGAGUAUUGGAAAAAUCAAGUUCAAGGCUUUUGAUCUGGGCGGUCACCAAAUUGCCCGUCGUGUUUGGAAGGAUUACUACGCCAAGGUGGAUGCGGUGGUAUACCUAGUGGAUGCCAAUGACAAGGAGAGGUUUGCUGAGUCAAAGAAGGAACUGGAUGCCCUCCUUUCAGAUGAAUCCUUGGCAAAUGUUCCAUUUCUGAUCUUAGGCAACAAGAUCGACAUUCCCUAUGCAGCUUCAGAAGAUGAGCUUCGUUAUCAUCUCGGGCUCAACAAUUUCACUACUGGCAAGGGGAAGGUGAAUCUGGUAGACUCCAAUGUCCGUCCUCUCGAGGUUUUCAUGUGCAGUAUUGUCCGCAAGAUGGGAUAUGGUGAUGGCUUCAAGUGGAUGUCUCAAUACAUCAAGUAGAAUCGGGAGUAACAUCUGGCCUUGUACUCAUUUGGAGUUUUUCCAUCAUUUUUUGCACCAUCUUACUACAAGUACAUCGAAUAUGGAAUUUUGUUGUCUGUAGUGGUUUUAUUUGUCGAAGGAUUGACAGCUGUAGUAACAUUUGAUUGGUAACUCAGCCAUUGUGAAAUUGAAGCUUAUCGAACAAUAUUGCACCUAUCUUUGUGACAGAUUGUUACUUUCUGUGGAUUAGUGGGGUAAUUGUCAUUGUUGAAUCCUCA